AUGGCAUCUUCAUCCGACGACUUUACCAAGCGCAAGCUCUGGGGCGGUCGCUUCACAGGCAAGAACGACCCCCUCCUCUUUGCCUACAACGAGUCGCUCUCCUACGACAAGCGCAUGCACGCGCAGGACAUCCGAGGUUCGCAAGCCUACGCACGCGCUCUCGUCAAGACGGGCGUGCUAAACGAGCAGGAGAAGGACGAGAUCGUCGCCGGCCUCGAAAAGGUCGGUCAGGAGUGGAAGGAUGGCACCUUCAAAAUCCAGUCGGACGACGAAGACAUUCACACCGCCAACGAGCGCCGAUUGACUGAGCUCAUCGGCAGCGUCGGCGGCAAGCUCCACACGGGCAGGUCCAGGAACGAUCAGGUCGCCACAGACAUGCGCCUCUGGCUCAUGGACGAGGUCAAGGCCAUCGAGGGUUAUCUCAAGGAUCUGAUCCAGGUCAUGAUUGCUCGUGGUAGGGAAGAGGUCGAUGCGCUGAUGCCCGGAUACACGCAUCUGCAGCGAGCCCAGCCAAUCCGAUGGUCGCACCUGCUUCUUUCGCAUGCCACCUACUUCGCCUCGGAUCUCGCUCGAUUGCGCGACCUCAUGCCCCGCAUCUCGGUCCUCCCGCUCGGCUCGGGUCCGCUGGCAGGCAACCCCUUCGCCGGCCUCGAUCGCGACGCCAUCGCCGCCGACCUCGGUUUCCAGACCGUCGGCCCCAACUCGAUGAACAGCGUCUCCGAUCGCGACUUCGUCGUCGAGUACCUCAUGUGGGCCAGUCUCACCGCCGUCCACCUCAGCAAGAUGGCUGAGGACUUUAUCAUCUACUCCACCUCUGAGUUUGGCUUCAUGCAGCUCUCCGAUGCCUACUCCACAGGUUCGUCGAUCAUGCCGCAGAAGAAGAACCCGGACAGUCUCGAGCUGCUCCGCGGCAAAUCUGGUCGCAUCUUUGGUCAGAUGUCCGGUUUCAUGAUGUCAUUGAAGGGUAUCCCGUCGACGUACAACAAGGAUCUGCAGGAGGACAAGGAGCCGCUGUUCGAUGCGGUCGAUACGACCAAGAACGGCAUUCAGAUCGCCACCGGCGUGCUGUCGACCCUCAACAUCUUCCCGGAGAAGAUGAAGGCCGCGUUGACCCCGGACAUGCUUGCGACGGAUCUCGCAGAGUAUUUGGUCAGGAAGGGCAUCCCGUUCCGUGAGACGCAUCACAUUUCGGGUAGCGCGGUGCGAUUGUCGGAGCAGAAGGGAUGUUUGCUGUCCCAGCUGACGAUGCAGGACCUGCGAUCGCUUUCGGACAAGUUCGAGGACGAUGUGAUGCAGGUCUGGUCGUUCGAGCAGAGCGUCGAGCGCCGCGAUGCGAAAGGUGGCACUUCCAAGCGCGCGGUCCUCGAGCAGUGCGAUACGUUGGAGAAGAUGCUCAAUGCUUCGUCUGCCUAG